AUUCACAGCCCGAUUGAUACGCGCUUAUAUCCAGUAUCUCAGCGCAUCUACAUUAAAGUGGACUGGGAGCGAGACUCUGACGAGGAUAUUGAGCCGGAGGAGCUUUGCCUCUACUCGUUGCUUGUCACGUCGCCAGUGAAGUGUUUUAUGGUGCCGCAAACAGAUCCCCUGUACAUCACCACAACUGCUGGGGAAGGCUACCACAUCAUUUACUUCACUGACAAGAGCGGCGAAGAAAUUCUGGCUGCGACAGCGCUUCAACUCGUGGCCCCUCAAGCCGAGCUGGUGGAGAUAUACACGUCGAAGGUGAAGCCAGACAGCAGCGACAACGAGAACGAGUAUCUGGUGGCGAAGAUUCGUACGACACUAUUCGAUCCUCUCGAUCCAGCGUUUCGCGUCUGCAUCAUGCUGGACGACUCAUUCGAUUGCUUGGGCCCCGAGUGGAUGGCUAUUGACAACCGCGAGUUUCGGCCUGGAACGCAGACAGAGUCCCUCCACCAAAGCGUCACCUUCAGAUCCCCACUGGACCAUGUUGCAUUCAGUCACGCGAAUGAUCAUGAAAUUAGCGUUCUUCUUCUCACAGCAAACAACAAGGCAGUGCACCUCACGAACACCGUAGCCUUCGAUGCCGCACUCUCGGUUAACCGUCCCGAGAUCACGUCAAGACUGCACGUGCUGGACCCGAGACUGCACACGCCCCAGCUGCCUCGGUCAUGCCCUGAUUUAAUUAUCUCUGCGAAUUUACAUUGGAUCUGUGAGCUUUGGCGCCACGAGUGGGGGAUUUUCUCGCAAAAUGGCGAAGAUGGUAUUAUACGCCACAUCUUUCGCCACAUUGGCACCAAGAACAAAGCAUACGUCGAAUUUGGCACCGAAAAUGGUCAGGAAUGCAACACUCGGCUCCUGCGGGAGCUUCGCGGCUGGAAAGGACUGCUUAUGGAUUCAGGCUACGAGGAUGAGAGCAUCGAUUUACACCGCGAAUUCAUCACCCGCGACAAUCUCAUGACGCUGCUUACUGAAAAGUACCAGCACCUCGUCCCGCGUGACCUCGAUCUUCUGUCAAUUGAUGUCGACUUCAACGAUUUCUGGCUGCUUAGCUCGGUGGACUUGACACGCGUGGCGCCACGCGUCGUCAUAGUGGAAGUAAACAGCCACAUCCCGCCUAGUGAAGCUCGAACGGUGUACUACGAUGACAGCAAGGAUGGAAGUGGUGGUUGGGACGGGUUUUCGUCGUACUUCGGCGGCAGUGUGGCUGCCUUCCACCGCUGGGGGGCUCUCAAUGGAUAUUCGCUAGUGUACUGCGAGUCACACGGCGUCAAUUGCUUCCUCGUGCGCAAUGACGCCCUGGGAGGAGUCAAUGUGUCGGCGGUACUUGAACCGGAGCAGCUACAAGCUCCUCCCAAUUUUUUCGGCCAAGGCUGGACUUACCCGGAUACGUGGCAACCACACCAUAAGUGGGUGUGGGUU